GAUGACGUGUAUUUGUCAGAAAAUUCUCGCGAGUGUCUCACGAAGAAAUGCGCUUCAUCUGAGAUUAUGAAAAUGUAUGUAUUUGAUUUCACUUUACGUUCGUGACUAAUGUUUUCGAAAAAGCAUGGAGACCAAUUUAACCUUAGAUUCAGAAUAUCACACAAAUCGUCAGUCGGAGUCGUUGAACGGUGAUGAAAUGGACGAUAUUUGUAUCGACCAGGAAGGCGAAUGGGACAUGAGCCUGUUUGAUGACCUGGUAGAGCCGGCGAGCGCCGAGGAUUUGCUGCUGGCCGACAGAGCUCUCGAUUUGGAUUUCGAUCUCGAUCUGCCAGUAUGGAGCCCAGACACCGGUGGGGGUGCCAGCAGCCCCUACACAGAUACAGAUGUUUCUUUGGGGUCCCUCUCCCCACACCAGUCCACCAGUUCAGUCACGUCACCCGGCUCUGUGGAAGCUCUCUCGCCUAUAGACCUUCUUGUGGAGCCCUUGUCUCCGCAAUCUCACCCAUCUCCUGCUUCCAUCUGCUCUGAGACCAGCUCCUCCUCUGAUGUCGUCCAGGACAGGAAGAUACAGCGGCGGAGCAACCAAGCCUCCCGAGCCAAGACCUCACAGCCCAUAAAGCGACCCAUUCAUCACGCACCCAAGGUCUCCAUCCAGCCCAAACCAGUGGUAGCCUUCCCCAUCGUACACACCACCCCCCUCCAAGCAAAGACCAUCAUCAUUCAGCCGGUGCAGACCGUUCUCCCCAGGGACCAGGUCACUCCCGUGGCCAUUCGGCCAGCCCUCCUCAAAGGAGUCCCGGUGACACUCGCUCCGCAGGCGAUCCCGCUGUCCCUGCCGGAACCCCAGGUCGCCCCGUCUCUGCCGGUCAUCAAGCUGGGGGAACACCCGGUCACCAUGACAACCGUCUCUCAGGAUGGGGGCUGCCCGUCAGUGGGAGUCGUGCCUUUCCCCACCCUGCCCCCGAGCAGCGCCGGGUCCGAUAGCAUCUCCAGGAGACAGCAGCGGAUGAUGAAGAACCGCGAGUCGGCAUCGCUGUCGCGGAAGAAGAAGAAGGAGUACCUGCUCACCCUGGAGGCCAGGCUGAGGGUGGCGCUGUUUGAAAACCAGCAGCUUAAGGUGGAAAACGGCACCCUGAAGAAGCAGCUGGACAGCCUGUCGGCUGAGAACAACGUUUUGAAAGUCACAGCCCCCAAAAGACGGGCUGUGUGCCUCAUGGUGGUCUUGAUGUUUGUCAUGCUGAAUGCUGGCUCUUUGAGCCUGUUUGACCGGGACCCCAACUCCAACCUGCCCGUUGGGACCAUGCACAGCGGCAGACAUUUGCUGGAAUUCUCCGGCAGCAAUCAGGGGAACACAGCCCCCCAAAUGCAGAAGUCUUCUGACAGGUCGGAGGACUCCAAGAAGAAGGCGCUGAUGGUGAUGAAGAAGGACCCUCUUCUAUUGGGGCCUCCUCCACCUUGCCAGCCAACCAUCAACAAGACAAAGUCUAUCAGGCUGGCUCAUGAACUGAGAGGCUGGGUGCACCGUCACGAAGUCGAGAGGACGAAGACCAGAAGAACAACUAAUAGCCAGCAGAAAAACAAAACGAUCCCGAAAACGGCAGGUGAGAAGGCCGAGGUUUCUCAGAUCGUCACCGUCCAGUACACAGACACGCUGGAAAAGAGCUCAGGGAGUGAGCUGCAGGUGUACUAUGCUCGCCAUGGCUACUACAAUGACUUCUUUGAGGAGAUUCAUCGCCGUGGAGACACAUUCUACGUGGUGUCCUUCCGAAGGGACCAUCUUCUGCUUCCCGCAACCAGCCACAACAAACGGAGCCGGCCGAAGAUGUCCGUGGUGCUGCCGGCUAUGAAUGUGAACGAAACUGUGAUAAAGGAUGAAGAGUAUGAGGUAAUGAUGCAGAUUGACUGCGAAGUCAUGGACACCAGGAUCCUCCGCAUCAAGACCUCAAGCAUCCCGCCGUUCCUACGCACCAAUCACAGUGACUCCUACUCUGCUCCAGCCAGUGAUAAGUCUGCAGCUUCUGUUGGAGUUCUUACCGGGUCAGUCUAGCACAGCUUAGCCACUUAUAAAGACCUAAAAAUGAAAAACAAAAGUUAAUACCUCCAUGACAGUGCUGAAUGGAAACAAAAAAAAAAAAUUUAAGUUGGCAGUCCAGUAUAAAACAGAACGACCUAAAAUGUUGCAGUCAGAUAUGACUUUUGGCACUGUAUUUUAUUAUGUGCAGACAAACACAAGGGAGACCAUGAAAGCCCAGAAUAACUUUAUUUGGCUUCCCUCUGGUAGCAUAUCUCCUUGUCAUUCACCUCAGGACAUGAGAAACAUCAGGGAUCCCAGUAGUGAACUCUGGUGCACCCCUUAAUAGCGUAUUGUAUGUAAGGGAACUUUCCUUUUGAGGAAGUUCUUGACUGUUUGACUGUGUAAUCGAUUUAAGGUUUGCUGGUGACAAAUGAAUUUGCAUAAAGAUGUGGAUUACUUUAAAAAAUGACGUAGUGAGUCAGGUAGAAGAUAUUGUUUAAGAUUAUUUGAGAGCAAUAAGUUUAUUACUGUUUGAUAUUUUAAUGGUUUGGUCUCUAGGAUCUUUUUCCUCUGCUGUUUGAAAGGAAGGAGCUUGUAAGUUUUCCUUUUCUGGUAUCUGCACUUUUUGAUAAAUAGAAUUUUUGCUUUUACUGUUUCGUGAUAGAUGUAUGAUGUACACAAUUUUAUUUUUAUAUAUAUAUAAAUGAGUAAUUUUUAACUGUCGAUAAAAGCCAUUGAUGCCGUUUUUGGCCUAGAGAGCAACAUUAUGGCACAUAUGUACAGGCACACAACUGGAAACUGGAGCAGUUUUGACCUAAGAUUUUUAUACAUAGCUUGUAUAGACAUAAUAGCAAGCUAGAUGUAAUUACAAUCCUAUUAGAAUUUGGCUAACAUUACACUACUACAUUCUAACUAGCGUUCGUGGUAGAAGCCAUCUGUUCAUGCAACUGAAAACCUGAUCUAAUAAUGUAUAUUGUAUUUUUUUUUACACUCUUUUCAAUUCACUCUUCUGUGACAGUUAAUGUUAAGUGGAAUGUUAUUUUUUAUCAAUUUGUUAACCAGAAAGUGUAAAAAUUAAGGUGUUUUAUUUUUCUCGAGACUCCUGGAUGCCCACACUCCAGUAAAUUUAAAGACGGGACACAGUUUGUAUGUGUUUUGCCAGUAAUUGAUUUUAAUUUUGCUUAUCUUUUGAUUUAAUUUUUACUAAUAUUCAGUGUUGCUCUGUGAGUUCCUGUUUACUCUAAGUACAUCCUGUAUCCAGUGUAAAAACGAUUUAAAAUAUGUUUUGAUUUGCGGAAAUAGUCAUAAUUACAAUUACAUAUAGUAUAGUUUGUAUUAUUGAACCCAAAUCAAAGAAAUUCCAUGAAGAAUCUUCCUCACCAAAGCAUCUAUAUGUACAGGCACACAAUGGUAUGUCCACACAGUGUAAUUUGCUUUUAAGUGAAACCAUUGUUUUUAUUUCACUGCAUAUUGACUUUUUUAAACCCAUAUUAUUGUUUGCAGACAGUUAGGUUUUCGUUUUUACAAAAGCAAAGAGAAUUUUCUUAAUUUAGAUUUUAAUAAAAAAUGGUGAAGGACACAAA